GCUAGGGUAGAAACUCAGGCUCCAUGUUUUGUUUGUGGGGGAUUGGACCAUUUAGCUGAGGAUUGCCCAACCUAUGGUGAGAUGAAAGGGGUUUAUAAAGAACAAUGCAAUGCAUUAGGAAUGGUUAGGAAACCUUUUUCACCUUAUUCAAAGACGUACAAUUCUAGUUGGAGGAACCAACCUAAUUUUAGUUGGAAGAAUGAUCAAAACCAUCCCACAUCAUCCAACAAUACUUGGAAUAGUGAAGUUCAACCACCUAGGUCUUACCCUACACAUCAAUACGAUGCACGACCAGAUAGAAAUCCUUUAGAGGAAACACUUAAGGCAUUUAUGGAGGCACAAAAUAAGACUGACCAAAGGUUUGAUUCUAUUCUUACACAGGAAUCUACCUCUAAUUCGGAGAACAUUAAAGGGGUCAACACAAUCACUACUUGUACUAGUAAGGUUAUAGAGCCGUUUCAAAAAUCACCUAAAUUGAAAGACGCUACUCCAAGUAGCCAUGAAGACGAGCCGUUGAAAGAACCUGAGAAGGAGGUCCCAACUCGACUUCCUUUCCCUCAAGCCCUUAAAACUGGAAAGAUUUCAGACAACCAAGACACUCAGUUUGAAGUUAAGAGCGAGUCAAAAUUUUCACUUAUUUUAGGAAGGCCAUUUCUUGCUAUUGCUAACGCUCUCAUUAACUGUAGGAAUGGUUUGAUGAAACUUUCAUUUGGGAACAUGACUCUUGAGGUGAAUAUUUUUCAUGUUGGGAAGCAACCACAAGAAGAUGAUGAAUAUAAGCAAAAGAAGUUUUGGCAACCAUGCUUUGAGGAGUUACCAUGUGAAAGGGAACAACCAAAGCCAUCUUCACUAGAGACACCAAAAGUCGAGUUAUCCCCACUUCCUGAAGGGUUGAAACAUGCAUUCUUAGGUCCAGGUGAUACCUUUCCUGUUAUAAUAUCUUCUAAACUUAGUGCUGAGCAAGAAGAGAAAUUGAUACAUAUAUUAAAAGAACAUAAAUCUGCACUAGGUUGGACUAUAGCUGACAUUAAAGGUAUUGUUUUGGGACAUAUUGUGUCUGAAAGAGGCAUAGAGGUUGACAGGGCCAAAAUUGAGUUGAUCUCUAAAUUACCUACACCCAGAACGGAUGCUAAAGCUCGUUUGAUUAGGUGGAUUUUACUUUUGCAAGAAUUUGAUCUUACAAUUAAAGACAAGAAGGGUGUUGAAAAUGUGGUGGCUGAUCAUUUGUCUCGAUUGGAGUUUAAUGACUCCAAUAUUGAAAGUUCACCAAUUCAAGAUGACUUCCCUGAUGAACAUUUGUUCUUUGUUAGCCAAGUUCCCUGGUAUGCUCACAUUGUUAAUUACUUGGUUUCUAGGGAAAUUCCAUCGAAUUGGAGUGCAUAGGAUAAGCAUAAGUUCUUGGUUGAGGUAAGAAAUUUUUAUUGGGAUG